UGAGAUUCUAGCAAUGCAAUAAACGAUGUUCUCUCAGUCUGCCAGAUUAUCUCCAGUUUAGCGGGGAUCGGAUUGGCAAAAAUCCAGUUACUUAGAGAACCCAGUCGAGGGAGGGGGAGCACUCGCGUGUGAUGGACACAUUGACGUUUCCAUGUUUAACCGUGCGCAAUCGGUACAUCCUCAACUUUCCUCUCCGGCAACGACAGACGAUCGACGCUUGUUUACUCGCGCGCUGGUGACAGACGUUUACCGUUGGAAACGCCUCAUCCGUCGCUUUUCAUACUCCACGGAACAUCAUGCGAGCAGGAGAGACGCACCCUAUGCCAUGCUGAACCAAUCUCGGACUCUUCUGUUGGCGCUGACCACUGUAGCGGGUCUCCUCCAGCGCUGCCGCGGCUGGAGCGACGAAGACAUCCUUCUGCCGCCCAUCAACUCCACCAACAGAUUCCUGGCCAACUUGGAAGUGGACGUGCGGUACUUGAAGAGAUCGGUGGAGGAGAGCGAAUCCUCAUCGGGAUCGUCGCUGCAGCCAGUGCCACAGUGCAAUGUCAGCGUGCACAGACUUUUACCGACCUCGCUGGUCGUUCGGUGGGACAGCAGUUUCGGUUUUCAAUGCGACGUGUUUGUCUACACCACGAACAACCAUGGCAGAGCAUUUUUCACUGCUGCUUUCAACAGGGCAAUAUCGCCGGUUUUCAUCGAACACCUCGGCGUCACCGGCGGGCAACAGGAACUGAGGCUGUGCGUUGGAUGCGGUCUCUCGCGGUACAGGCGAUUCGGUCAAGCCAGGUCGAGGGGGGGGCAGCAAACGGGGGACCCUAUUACUUUCUGCUGCAUAGACUUCAGCCUGGACGAGCUGAAGGGCGACACAAGUUGGAGGCUUAACCGUAAACCCAUCGAGUCCACUCUCGUGGCUUGUUUCAUGACUUUGGUCAUCAUCGUGUGGAGUGUUGCUGCUCUCAUUUGGCCGGUGCCUAUCAUAGCAGGAUUUCUGCCUAACGGGAUGGAACAGAGACGACCUAGAUAAGAAAACUAACUCAAAUCAAACAUGGAAUGUAAGACCAAGCUGCCUCUUUAAAGGAAAUGAUGUAGCCAACAAUGAACUGUUACUCAUGUUAUUGGAAAAAUUGUUUACAUUUAUAACUUAAACUGUCUCAGUAGACCUUUACCGAUUACGCCAUGGGGUAGCCUACAACAUAUAUUAGGCUAAGUAUGUUUUUUUAAAGCAGUGUUUGUAUAGUUUUUAAAUGUAUAUGAAUAUUGUGGUAUUUGCUGUGCUUAGACCUCAGACACUUGAAGUUUAUAAUGUGCUGUGAUCGGGUGUAGCGUAAUGUUGACUCUAAAUAUUAGGCCUACUUACUGUAUAUCUCAUUAUAUAGACUAGAUAUUUUUUAAACUGUAUAGGCCUGCAAUAUUGACGUUGUAUCCAACUGAUAUCAACCUCAAUAUUAACAGGUUAAUAUUAAAUUUUUCUUGCUCAGAGCUUAUUUGUAUAAAUAUAUUUGUAUGGGAAUUGAACUAAAUUAA